AUGAAGGAGAAGGUGUACUGCGUGAUACCAGAAGGCGUCGAGAUGGAUGGCGACUUCGACUGUCUCGAGUUGGUGAAGGCGAUCUACGGUCUCAAGCAAGCUUCACGUAUGUGGAACGAGACUUUCGACGAGUUCGUAUGCUUUAUGGGUUUCGAAGCGUCGGCGUUCGACCCAUGUCUCUACAUCAAGGUUGUCGACGGUCACUGUGUGCUCGUGCUGGUCUACGUGGAUGACGUGUUGGUCACCGGCAGCUCGCUCGAGUUGAUUGCGCAGACGAAGGCCGACCUCAAGACGCGUUUCGAGAUGACCGACAGUGGCAAGUGUACUUUUGUACUGGGCAUCGAACUGGUGGACGAAUCGGAUGGCAGCGUGACGAUGUGCCAGCGACGGUAUGUCAACGACAUCCUCAAGCGCUUCGGCAUGUAUGAGUGCAAGGCCACAGCAAGUCCGGUCGACUUAAGCACUCGGCUUGUCGCAAGCAGCGAAGCGGCCAAUCGACGUUCCGUUUCGUGA